AUGGGUUGUUUGGGCAACAGCAAGACUGAAGAUCAGCGAAAUGAGGAGAAGUCACAAAGAGAAGCAAACAAAAAGAUAGAGAAACAACUUCAGAAGGACAAACAGAUAUAUAGAGCAACUCACAGGCUACUACUUUUGGGUAAGUUUGUAGAAGGCAAUCUGAUGUGUUGUAGACAAGGCCUCAUUGGCAACAUUGUUUCUAUUUGUACAUUGCAUGCUAUUUGAUGUUGUGAUAUAGGAUAUUGUUGUCUCUGUAGGCCUUCCUGUUACACUCUAGUCUCAUUUAACUUUUUCAUAUGUGACAUGGUUGCUGGUAUGAUGUUUACGUUGGGCAUCAGUUAGACUUGAUUCUCUAACAUAAUUGAAGCCUACUUAUUGCUACAUUGUUAUUGUAACAGCUCGGUGCCUAAUCUAUAUCAAACAUGGGUGUUGAGGCUCAACAUUUGUGUUGUGGGUUUGUUUUCAGAACUACUAGCUGCUUGACAACUUUAAAAUUCAUAGGCCUGUGUAUUUCAAGGUGGGCCUAUGUGUGAGUUAAUGAAUGUUGAACAUUUCUACCACUGAAACUUCUGUACUCUCAUGGUACGGUUAUCAUGUAAAAGCAGUCAAAAUGUCCUCUCUAAAUUAUAAUAUUUUAUUAGAAUUUGCCUGACGCCUACUGUAUUGAAUGACAUACCGGUAUUUCUGUUGAAGAGGAAGUUGUGGUAACUAAAGAAAGCGGAACAGAAUUCACAUUUAACCAUAACAAAAACAUGCUGCUUUAGAUAUAGCACUAUGCUCUUUGCACUUUUAUAUGAUAUGACACGUUUUUUGUGUGUGUGCCAUUGGCAAGUUUUCAGAUUUUGGCCUAUUUGUGAGUAAGAAUUUUGUUGGACAGUGUUUAUGGAGAGACAUCAGACCAUGAACCAACCAUGAUAAAGCUCAUAACAUUUGAGAUCACUGCUAUGGGAAAGAAGAUUUUCACUUUCAUCAUUACAGUCAUGACUCUAUUUGAUUUGACAAAUGAGAUUGAGUAUAGUUGACACCUUUAUGCAUUAUUCACACUAUAGGUUCAAACCAAGCUGUACUGGGCUAGCCUAGUUAUGCAUCCACCACGAGAACCGUGCUGGAAAGAACGGUGUGAAAAGACAAUAUCAGAGCCAACACAGUCAAGUGAAGCUGGUAAUACUAUUGCAUUAUUAGAUUUCAACAGGUUAAUAUUGCACCCAUUUAUUUACAUCUUACUGUAUGUGUGGAUUCACCCAAACUCCCACUAUUGUAAGUUGUUUGCCUCAGACACAGGUGGUCUCAAGCUCAAGGUAGAAGAUGCCCCUUACCACAUCAGUUUAUCAAACCUAAAUCCUGACCUUAACCAACUGGGAAAUAAAACUAUAUCUGACCCAUUGGAUCCGUGCCAUUAUGGCGUCGUUGACGGCAUGGGCAGGGCCAUUGAGGCAAUAUCCAUUUUGAAGUAGUCAAUUUUCUUCUUCAGUAUUGGCUGAUCCCUCUUGAUGACCUGGUUGCACAUGACUCCAACAGGAACACCAGGAGGAAUCAGCCAAUGAAGUUGGAAGUCCCACCCAGCUGACCAUAUUAAAAUGGUGGAAGCCCUCAAUGGCGCUGCCCAUGCUAAAACGGCCUUUUGGCCACUAGAGGCCUCUUAUCAUUCUCUAUGAUCUGACCCCCUAGAUCAGAGGUUAACAGCAACUUCCUCCAAAUCCUGGCCUCUAUUGGUGCUGAAUGAGACCUCGGUCAGGUGGCAUAAUAACUCAUUUCAAUUAGAAUAUUUCCUAAUGUUUAUUUCACAGGUUUGAAGUGCUGAACUAUCACUUUGAACGUGUCUCUCUUUACAAUUACUUUUUUGUAGAUGACUUCUGAGCAUCACAUUCCAAAUGGCCAUAACUGUUGGCUGUCAGGGUAGCGCAUUUCUCUGUACUCUCUGAAAUAUUUCUAACCAUCUCUCUCUCUCUCUCUCUCUCUCUCUCUCUCUCUCUCUCCUCCCCCCGCCCACAGGGGCUGGUGAGUCAGGGAAGAGCACCAUAGUGAAACAGAUGCGGAUCCUCCAUGUGAAUGGCUUCAAUGCAGAGUAAGUCUCGUUUCCUUCUCCAGACUAUGCUCUUCAACUGCGAAUAUAGAUCAGGGUUUGAGACUUUACAAGCAGAGUGAUAGGGGAAAAUGCCAAAGGAACCAAAAUGUAUUGGUCUCGAAAUACCUGAAUUGAAGAACACACACAUUAGAUUAACCUGUGCUACAGCACAUGAGAGACUAGUUACAGUUGAUGGUAUCCCUCAGUUCAAUAGCCACUAUAAUGUACUGUCUAGGUGUCUCGCCUAGUUUUGACUGUGAAGUCUUAGAUUGUGGUUUAAGAAUUAUCAGUCUGAUUGCAUGGACUGACGUAAAGACAUUUGUGGGCUUCAAACCCUGGUGCUUCAAGGCCCUAGUUCAUUGGUUGGUGACUGGUGCUUCAAGGCCCUGGUGCAUUGGUUGGUGAUGGGUGCUUCAAUGCCCUGGUGCAUUGGUUGGUGAUGGGUAGUCCAAGGCCCUGGUGCAUUGGUUGGUGACGGGUGCUUCAAGGCCCUGGUGCAUUGGUUGGUGACUGGUGCUUCAAGGCCCUGGUACGUUGGUUGGUGACUGGUGCUUCAAGGCCCAGGUACGUUGGUUGGUGACUGGUGCUUCAAGGCCCUGGUGCGUUGGUUGGUGACGGGUGCUUCAAGGCCCUGGUGUGUUGGUUGGUGACGGGUGCUUCAAGGCCCUGGUGCGUUGGUUGGUGGCGGGUGCUCCAAGGCCCUGGUGCAUUGGUUGGUGGCGGGUGCUCCAAGGCCCAGGUGCGUUGGUUCAAAUCAAAUCACAUUUUAUUGGCCACAUGUGCCGAAUACAACAGGUGCAUACAUUACAGUGAAAUGCUUACUUACAGCCCUUAACCAACAGUGCAUUUAUUUUUAAUAAAAAAGUAAAAUAAAACAACAACAAAAAAGUGUUGAGAAGAAAGAGCAGAAGUAAAAUAAAAUAACAGUAGGGAGGCUAUAUAUACAGGGGGGGUACCGGUGCAGAGUCAAUGUGCGGGGGCACCGGCUAGUUGAGGUAGUUGAAGUAAUAUGUACAUGUGGGUAGAGUUAAAGUGACUAUGCAUAAAUAAUUAACAGAGUAGCAGCAGCGUAAAAAGAUGGGGUGGGGGGGCAGUGCAAAUAGUCCGGGUAGCCAUGAUUAGCUGUUCAGGAGUCUUAUGGCUUGGGGGUAGAAGCUGUUGAGAAGUCUUUUGGACCUAGACUUGGCACUCCGGUACCGCUUGCCGUGCGGUAGCAGAGAGAACAGUCUAUGACUAGGGUGGCUGGAGUCUUUGACAAUUUUGAGGGCCUUCCUCUGACACCGCCUGGUAUAGAGGUCCUGGAUGGCAGGAAGCUUUGCCCCAGUGAUGUACUGGGCCAUACGCACUACCCUCUGUAGUGCCUUGCGGUCGGAGGCCAAGCAGUUGCCAUACCAGGCGGUGAUGCAACCAGUCAGGAUGCUCUCGAGGGUGCAGCUGUAGAAUUUUUUGAGGAUCUGAGUACCCAUGCCGAAUCUUUUCAAUCUCCUGAGGGGGAAUAGGCUUUGUCGUGCCCUCUUCACGACUGUCGUGGUGUGUUUGGACCAUGAUAGUUUGUUGGUGAUGUGGACACCAAGGAACUUGAAGCUCUCAACCUGUUCCACUACAGCCCCGUCGAUGAGAAUGGAGGCGUGCUCAAUCCUCGUUUUUUUCCUGUAGUCCACAAUCAUCUCCUUUGUCUUGGUCACGUUGAGGGAGAGGUUGUUAUCCUGGCACCACACGGCCAGGUCUCUGACCUCCUCCCUAUAGGCUGUCUCAUCGUUGUCUGUGAUCAGGCCUACCACUGUUGUGUCGUCGGCAAACUUAAUGAUGGUGUUGGAGUCGUGCCUGGCCAUGCAGUCAUUGGUGAACAGGGAGUACAGGAGGGGACUGAGCACGCACCCCUGAGGGGCCCCCGUGUUGAGGAUCAGUGUGGCAGAUGUGUUGUUACCUACCCUUACCACCUGGGGGCGGCCCGUCAGGAAGUCCAGGAUCCAGUUGCAGAGGGAGGUGUUUAGUCCCAGGAUCCUUAGCUUAGUGAUGAGCUUUGAGGGCACUAUGGUUUUGAAUGCUGAGCUGUAGUCAAUGAAUAGCAUUCUCACGUAGGUGUUCCUCUUGUCCAGGUGGGAAAGGGCAGUGUGGAGUGCAAUAGAGAUUGUGUCAUCUGUGGAUCUGUUGGGGCGGUAUGCAAAUUGGAGUGGGUCUAGGGUUUCUGGGAUAAUGGUGUUGAUGUGAGCCAUGACCAGCCUUUCAAAGCACUUCAUGGCUACAGACGUCAGUGCUACGGGUCGGUAGUCAUUUAGGCAGGUUAUCUUAGUGUCCUUGGGCACAGGGACUAUGGUGGUCUGCUUGAAACAUGUUGGUAUUACAGACUCAGUCAGGGACAUGUUGAAAAUGUCAGUGAAGACACUUGCCAGUUGGUCAGCACAUGCUCGGAGUACACGUCCUGGUAAUCCGUCUGGCCCUGCGGCCUUGUGAAUGUUGACCUGCUUAAAAGUCUUACUCACAUCGGCUACGGAGAGCGUGAUCACAUAGUCAUCCAGAACAGCUGGUGCUCUCAUGCAUGCUUCAGUGUUGCUUGCCUCGAAGCGAGCAUAGAAGUGGUUUAGCUCGUCUGGUAGGCUUGUGUCACUGGGAAGCUCGCGGCUGUGCUUCCCUUUGUAGUCUGUAAUAGUUUUCAAGCCCUGCCACAUCCGACGAGCGUCAGAGCCGGUGUAGUACGAUUCAAUCUUAGUCCUGUAUUGACUCUUUGCCUGUUUGAUGGUUCGUCGGAGGGCAUAGCGGGAUUUAUUAUAAGCAUCCGGGUUAGAGUCCCGCUCCUUGAAAGCGGCAGCUCUACCCUUUAGCUCAGUGUGGAUAUUUCCUGUAAUCCAUGGCUUCUGGUUGGGGUAUGUACGUACGGUCACUGUGGGGACGACAUCAUCGAUGCACUUAUUGAUGAAGCCAGUGACUGAUGUGGUGUACUCCUCAAUGCUAUCUGAAGAAUCCCGGAACAUGUUCCAGUCUGUGCUAGCUAAACAGUCCUGUAGCUUAGCAUCUGCGUCAUCUGACCACUUUUUUAUUAACCGAGUCACUGGUGCUUCCUGCUUUAGUUUUUGCUUAUAAGCAUGAAUCAGGAGGAUAGAGUUAUGGUCAGAUUUGCCAAAUGGAGGGCGAGGGAGAGCUUUGUAUGCGUCUCUGUGUGUGGAGUAAAGGUGGUCUAGAGUUUUUUUUCCUCUGGUUGCACAUUUAACAUGCUGGUAGAAAUGAGGUCGAACGGAUGUACGUUUCCCUGCAUUAAAUCCCCGGCCACUAGGAGCGCUGCCUCUGGAUGAGCGUUUUCCUGUUGACUUAUGGCCUUAUACAGCUCAUUCAGUGCAAUCUUAAUGCCAGCAUUGGUUUGUGGUGGUAAAUAGACAGCUAUGAAAAAUAUAGAUGAAAACUCUCUUGGUAAAUAGUGUGGUCUACAGCUUAUCAUAAGAUACUCUACCUCAGGCGAGCAAAACCUUGAGACUUCCUUAGUAUUUGAUUUUGUGCACCAGCUGUUGUUUACAAAUAUACACAGACCGCCACCCCUUGUCUUACCGGAUUCAGCCGUUCUAUCCUGCCGAUGUAGCGUAUAGCCCGCUAGCUGUAUGUUAUCCAUGUCGUCGUUCAGCCAUGACUCGGUGAAACAUAAGAUAUUACAGUUUUUAAUGUCCCGUUGGUAGGAUAAACGUAAUCUUAGGUCAUCCAAUUUAUUUUCCAAUGAUUGAAGAUUGGCUAAUAGGAUUGAUGGGAGCGGCAGUUUACUCGCUCGCCGUCGGAUCCUUACAAGGCACCCCGACCUACGUCCACGAUAUCUCCGUCUCUUCCUCAUGCGAAUGACGGGGAUUUGGGCCUUGUCGGGUGUCUGUAGGAUAUCCUUCGCGGCCGCCUCGUUGAAGAAAAAUGAUUCGUCCAAUACGAGGUGAGUAAUCGCUGUCCUGAUAUCCAGAAGCUCUUUUUGGUUAUAAGAGACGAUGGCAGAAACAUUAUGUACAAAAUAAAUAACAAAUAACGCGGAAAAACACACAUAAUAGUACAAUUGGUAAGAGGGCUGUAAAACGGCAGCCAUCUUCUCCGGCGCCAUUCUUCAUUUUUCUUCAUUCGCCCUGGUGCGUUGGUUGGUGACUGGUGCUUCAAGGCCCUGGUACGUUGGUUGGUGACGGGUGCUCCAAGGCCCUAGUGCGUUGGUUGGUGACUGGUGCUUCAAGGCCCUGGUGCGUUGGUUGGUGACAGGUGCUCCAAGGCCCUGGUGCGUUGGUUGGUGACGGGUGCUCCAAGGCCCUAGUGCGUUGGUUGGUGACUGGUGCUUCAAGGCCCUGUGCGUUGGUUGGUGACGGGUGCUUCAAGGCCCUGGUGCGUUGGUUGGUGACGGGUGCUCCAAGGCCCUGGUGCGUUGGUUGGUGGAGGUUUAGGUCCAGGUGAGUAGGUUGGUUGCAGGUUUAGACCCGAAACUGUUGUGGGUCCAGGAAUCUGUGCAUUGGUGGGUUGGGGUUUAAUCCCAAGUUUGUGGGGUUAGGUUUGGAGGUUAAGGCACUGGUGUGGUGUGAGUGGCUUGGGUUAGAUGAGCAAAUCAGCACCUAGGUCACACGCUGCUGGGUGCCUUAUCUCGUGACUCCACAACAUUUACAACUGCAGCUCUCUAUCUUGUAUGUGUGAAUAUGCUCAGUUCAUCACUUGGUCACAUCCUAGACAUUUCAGACAUUCAUUGAUUAGUUGGUUGUGUCUGUGUGAAAACGUAGCUGUACUGUAUAUCACUUAAACUUAUGGAUUGUAUUUCUAUGGCAUUUGCAAAUGGAUACAGUGCAGGGCAGUGUGUCUGUGACUUCUCUCCAAUGUUUUGUAGUCAGUCCUGGAGGAACAGAUACUGUACAAGGAAAAUGAAUAUAAGGAAUUGUUGGAGGUGUUUGGUAGAUUCCCUAUGAUGUUUUUGCAUUCAGUAACUUCCAUUGAUAAUGUUCCAGGCCUUUGUGAAACACUGGACCAAGUAUAUUUUGUUUAUAUUUUAUAUUUUUUAGUGUGUUCUUAGAUAAAGAUAGACAAGGAUGUGUAUAUACACACACAUGCUUUCUCCUUCUAUCUAGUAAUUGCCUAUUUUCUCUCUCUCCACACACACACAUAAUAUACACACACACAGUCACAUACAAGUGCGCACACACACUACUUUGUAAGAACCAUGUGAUUUUUAAAAAUGACUAUCAUGUUGAAAAUGUAAACGGGCCUUCUCAAUCUACCCCCCAGGGUCAAUAAACAAGAGGGUGUGUCAGUGUGGGAUACAGGCCCUCCUGCUGGCUGUUGUCUAUUCUCUCUUUCUCCCCUUUUCUCUCUUUCUUUCUCCUUCUCUCUCUCUCUCUUUCUGUUGAUGUACCUCAUUCUCUGUCACAUAUUCUCUCUCUUACUCUACUUGAAUGCAGUUUGUGUUCUUGGGAUAAACUAAACAUCAGUGGCAGUGCCCAACUUAGUCGUAUAAUGAAAUGUUUCCCGCUACAAAAUACAUCCCUCUUUGCAUCAUCUGAAUCAGAAAAAAGAUUCUAAGACAGUUGGAGGACCCUCACUGUUGCUUCCCGUAGCCUACAGUUUGAUGCACCACACCUUUGCUUGUUAAACUUCAUUGCACUUGACUUGAUAGCUGAUACUGUAGUAGUAACAGUCUACUGAUGGGUUGUUGCAGCUCAGUUACUGCUCUUAAAAGUGGGGUGAUGUUUGACAUCUGAUCAUUUGUAGUUAUAGUAGCAGGUAUAGCAUUUUCAUUAGAGUCCAAUGUAGGCACUGGGAGACUGGGACCUGUUCAAGAUAUGAGUUUCACAUAGUUGAGGAUGUGUGUGUCAGAAGGAAUGAUAUUGUGCAGGUAUGCCAGCUGUUGAUGGACUUAUCUACAUACAUGUUUGUUUUUUGUUUGCUGUUUCAUCAGCAUAUCUGUUGUGUAUGACAAUGAUAUUUCAAUUUUUUUCCAACAUGGAUGAUUGAGCUUUUAUGUUUUUGCAGAGAGAAGAAGCAGAAAAUUCACGAUAUCAAGAAUAAUAUUAAAGAAGCUAUUGAGGUAAGUUUUCGGUUUGAAUCUUUGUAGUUCAUAUCUCUGUGGGUGGGUACUAGGUAGAAUAAAAAAAUCUAAACAGCUAAGCAUGAAUCAUGAAUAUUUUAGCAUUGAUUAUUGAAUAUAAGAGACCCCAAGACAAUCCUGUGUUGUCACUUGAUCUGUAUUGAUUGUGUGUGUUUGUGUCACUCUUUAGACCGUAGUAGCAGCUAUGAGUACACUGACGCCUCCCGUUCAGCUCGCCAGUCAACACAACCAACACCGAAUCGAAUACGUCCUCAACCUAGUCAAUCAGAAGGACUUUGAAUUCACGUCUGUGAGUAUGACAAUGUUUCUACCAAACACACAGAUCAUUAUAGAUAGAUAUUGUUUUUGCAUGAACGUAUGUUGGAGCCCGAUCAAUAUGAUUUUUGGGGGGACAAAACUUACCGAUAACUAUAUCUGCCAAUAUACUGUUUUACGCAGAGGAAAUGAACAAGUUCAAUUUUUACACACUGAAUUUUCAGAAAUUGCCAUCCAAAACAGCAAUUGACCAAGAAAAAUAUGCUUCAAAUGUUGAUUUCUUACAUUGUGAAAUUAAUGAUACAUCUUGAGAAUGGCCGCAAGUGUUCAAAUAAGCACGAGAUUCCCUUUUUUUCAUCGUAUUUAUUGAAUAUCGGUUAUCGGUUGAAUUAUCGGCCGAUACUGAUCUAGCGAUACUGAUCUCUCCUGAGUGGCGCAGUGGUCUAAGGCACUGCAUCACAGUGCUAGCUGUGCCAAUAUCGGCCGAUAAUAUCAGUGAACCAAUAUAUCUGUCGGGCUCUAAUGUAUGUACACGCCUGUGUGAGUGAGCAUACAGUGCAUUCGGAAAGUAUUCAGACCCCUUGACUUUUUCCACAUUUUGUUACAUUACAGCCUUAUUCUAAAAUUGAUUAAAUUGUUUUUCUUCCUCAUCAAUCUACACACAAUACCCCAUAAUGACAAAGCAAAAACAGGUUUUUAUAAAUUUUUGCUAAUGUAUAUAAAAAAAAAACAAGUAUUCAGACCCUUUACUCAGUACUUUGUUGAAGCACCUUUGGCAGCAAUUACAGCCUCAAGUCUUCUUGGGUAUGACGCUACAAGCUUGGUGCCUUUUGGCAAACUCCAAGCGGGCUGUCAUGUGCCUUUUACUGAGGAGUGGCUUCCGUUCGGCCACUCUACCAUAAAGGCCUGAUUGGUGGAGUGCUGCAGAGAUGGUUGUCCUUCUGGAAGGUUCUCCCAUCUCCACAGAGUAACUCUAGAGCUCUAUCAGAGUGACUAUCGGGUUCUUGGUCACCUCCCUGACCAAGGCCCUUCUCCCCCGAUUGCUCAGUUUGGCCGGGCGGCCAGCUCUAGGAAGAGUCUUGGCGGUUCCAAACGUCUUCCACUUAAGAAGGAUGGAGGCCAUUGUGUUCUUGGAGACCUUCAAUGCUGCAGAAAUGGUACCCUUCCCCAGAUCUGUGCCUCGACACAAUCUUGUCUUGGAGCUCUACGGACAAUUCCUUCGACCUCAUGGCUUGGUUUUUGCUCUGACAUGCACUGUCAACUGUGGGACCUUAUAUAGACAGGUGUGUACCUUUCCAAAUCAUGUCCAAUCAAUUGAAUUUACCACAGGUGGACUCCAAUGAAGUUGUAGAAACAUCUCAAGGAUGAUCAAUGGAAACAGGAUGCACCUGAGCUCAAUUUUGAGUCUCUAGCAAAGGGUCUGAAUACUUAUGUAAAUAAGGUAUUUCUGUUUUCUAUUUUUUAUAAAUCUGCAUAAAAAUCUAAAAACCAGUUUUCACUUUGUCUUUAUGGGGUAUUGUGUGUAGACUGCUGAGAAAAAUACAAUAUUUAAUCCAUUUUAGAAUAAGGAAUAAGUCAAGGGGUCUGAAUACUUUCCAAAGGCACUGUAUGUGUAUGUUCCCAUAGGAAUGCCCAUCCAGUAGUCCCUGUUGCAGGUGCCAGCCUCAUGGUACUAUAGUAAUUAGCGGGUAGGGCCUUGAUGCGAUGCCUGUUAGCUAAUUGACUGCCCUGAGGGAAGGCCUGGAGGUCUCUGAGUACCACUGGUUGACACUGAUUGUGCCUAUAACACCCCUAAAUACCUCUCUCUGGGACCCACAUGUGUCUGUGUCAGUGUCACACUGGGAUGCCCACCUGAACAACAGAGUGCUUGCUGGUAGUCGUCAGGCUGUUAGGACUUGGCUGGGAGGGACAUAGGACUCUAUUCAAGCUAAGCAGGUACCAGGUUUCUGGAUAAACAUAAUCCAUUGAAUUUUAUAAUGGGUUUAUAAGUGCAUUUGAGAACUUUGUUUUAUAUUGAUCACAGAAACCUUGUUAACGGUUUUGAUUGAAUAGGGCCCAUAGUGUGCACCAUAGUGAGUUUGACUUAUCUCUAGGACAGACAACAUGUUGUCACUCAACAAAAUGAAAACAACCGAUAGGUUAAUGCUUUGCAUCUAUUUAGCUGUUAUUACGCUUUAAUUUAGAUCCCCUUAUGAGUCUUUGGCUGAUUAGAAAAUGACCUAUUACAGUUGAAUGGUUGCGUCCCUACCAUUGCGCCAUAGACUGUCAUUGAAGUCCUUCUUCUGGGCCUAGAACACCUGCCAUAACAUAUCUCUCUCUUAGUUUGGGUGUGUAGGCCUACGUGUGAAAGGGAUGUGAUUGACUGCUGCCUUGCUCUGUGGUGUUUGAAUGUCUGUGAUUUCGUUCCUGAUGGAGGAGAGUUGAAUGACUCUAAGGUCAGACAGUGUAACACUGUUGGCAAAGCCUCUCUCCCUCCCUCCUUCCUCUCUGGCACCCCCCAGGGCUGAGAGGGAACCGGUUCUACUGGUCACCUAAUCUCAGAGUACAGAUAGAAAAAAGAGAGGGUGAGGAAAAGGAUGAGGGUGGCUAGAGGUGGGGGAAGUUUGUAUGGGUAUCUACUGUCUGGGCUGUUCACUUCCAGUUCAUUUCAUGUUUAAAUGUGUUGUUUUGUUGUGGUAUGGGUCUUAUUUUCAGACUGUUGAUUAAUUGACUGAUUUAGAAUGGUUUUGCCCUGUUGCUGACCUCUGCUUUAUAGGUUGUUUUUCUAACGCCACUAAAAUGUAAAUGUUCUCAAAUUCAAAGUUACUAGGGACCUCACUUCCUUAUCCCGUCUCUGGCUACAUUACGCUUUUGUAGUAGUGUUGACCAUAGAGUUCGAACGCUAAAGGGGACAUUCCCAUUCAGACGCAUUUUGUGCAGAACGUUAUAGAUGGUUGUUUAUUAACCAGGAAAAAACAACCAGUUGCUUUAAAAAAAAAAAUACUUAAAGCAAGAUCAAACUCCCUGUGGUAUUCUUAGCAAAACAACACAAACCUUUGUGUAUUUGAAAAAAGGCCAUACCAAUGAAAUGGAAAUGAUUAUGGAAAAAACUAAGAUCAGCAAUACAGACAAGCCAGUGAGCAGAGAGAAACAAUAUAGCAUUGAGUUGUAGCCCCAAAGGAUUCUGGGUCGGCUGCUGUAAUGCAAUAAGCAGUUCCUAGAGAGGAGUUUUUCUUUUUUUCUUAAGCACAUGACUGAUGAUAAAGGAGGACUCUGUUACUAAGACACAUGAUGAGUGCUCUUUUAUGGAGUGGAUGCAGGGAUUUUUUAUAACUCUUCAAGUAACCCAAGCCAGCCAAACGGUGGGACAAAUAUAUCGGGCAGCGAACCUAAAUGUUAUGCAAGUGUAUGCAGACGCAUUGUUCCACAAAGGUCCAGUUGUCCAGAAGAUGUUGUUUUAUACAUAACAGGGUUUCUUGUUCCAUGGUCCAAAUGGAAGACAAUGGAGGGAGAUGAUGAGACUAUCUACCUUUCUAUGUGCCUUUUAGCCCUCUGAAUGUUGUCCAUGGGGUGGUCACUCUGGUCCUUAAUAAGCUAUGUGGACAUUCCCACCUUAUGCAACAGCUAUCAAACAAGGAAGUAACAGAUUGGCCUUUAGAUAUAACAGUUGACUCGAAUGUUUACACCUGCACAGCUUUUGUUUGCUAAAUCAAUUUAAUGAAAUAUGAUUAAUUCAAUAUUAAAUGGGAUUUUGACAUGAUUAUGAGUCAACUGACCCUCCCUAGCCUGUCGACCAUAUGUCAUCUUUAUUUCUCCUCAUUAAAGGAAAUGUUGAAAGGGUUGUAAAAACAUGCCUUGUUAUUUCAACGGCCUGACCUGCCACUAUGUUUUUACUUUGUGCCUUAAAUAAUCUGUCAUUUCAACAGCCUGACCAUGCCACUUUGUUUUUCCUAUAUUGAAACUCCCCUUGGCCACAAAACCUGUUCUCCUGUCAAUAAAUGCCAGAUCCCUAAUAGGUGUGCUGCCCCAUUGGAAUGUAAAAAAGAUGCCACACAUCGCAGUGCCCUCAAGCAUAACAUGGAUGAUGGACAGUGUCCUCCUUUUCUACUUGCUUUCAUUUAGUCUAUGUAUUGUUAUUGUACUAUUGUGCCAUGUGAAUUAAUCACUUCAUCUUUCUCUCUUCCACUUCCCCUCUUUCUUUCGCUCACUCUCUCUUCCUCUCUCCCUAUAUCGCUCACUCUCUCUUCCUCUCUCCCUAUAUCGCUCACUCUCUCUUCCUCUCUCCCUAUAUCGCUCACUCUCUCUUCCUCUCUCCCUAUAUCGCUCACUCUCUCUUCCUCUCUCCCUAUAUCGCUCACUCUCUCUUCCUCUCUCCCUAUAUCGCUCACUCUCUCUUCCUCUCUCCCUAUAUCGCUCACUCUCUCUUCCUCUCUCCCUAUAUCGCUCACUCUCUCUUCCUCUCUCCCUAUAUCGCUCACUCUCUCUUCUCUCCCUAUAUCCUCUCUCUUCCUCUCUCCCUAUAUCGCUCACUCUCUCUUCCUCUCUCCCUAUAUCGCUCACUCUCUCUUCCUCUCUCCCUAUAUCGCUCACUCUCUCAGGAGUUUUAUGAAAAUGCAAAGACUCUCUGGCAGGAUGAGGGCGUGAGGGUGUGUUUUGAGAGAUCCAAUGAGUACCAGCUGAUCGACUGUGCACAGUAGUAAGUAUGCACUGCACUGCACCGCCGAGAGGGGACCAACCGUCUUGAGUAGCUACAAUGCCCUUGUACAGGCCUGCAUUGUUGAAAACAAACACACUAAGCCAAUGACUAGGGGCACGUAUAGGACAGUAUGGGACCGUAGUUCAAGGCUGGCAUGCUCAGAUUUAGCAGGCUGAUAAAAUGCCAACUAAAGUUUGUAAACCCCAAAUCUAAAAUGUAUUUAAUUUCAUCAAAACUUUAUUGUAAAAAGCUAUUUCCUUGAGAGACCAUUCUGAUUUUCAAUGACAACAGGCAAGUAUUCUGCCUGAAAAAUGAUGUGUGGUAGCUGAGCUCUGUGUCAUGGAAGUCAUCUUGAGCUCAUACUCUUACUCCACAGCUCCUCAUCAUGUCUCAGUGCGCACACACCACAGUAUGACAUCACCAGAGCUUUCUGCAUCAACACUGCCACCUCUGGCUAUGUGUCUCUCUCUGCCCCUCUCUCUUUCUCUCGCUCUCUUUCUCGCUCUGGCACGCUCUCCCUCGUACUCUCUCACACGUGUUCUCUUCCUCUCCUUCUCGUCCUCGUCCUCUGCUUUCUUUUCCAGCUGUUGUGUGGCUCCGCAUCUGUGAUGUAGGAUAUUUGCAGCGACAGGGACCAAAAAUGGCAGGUCCUGAGUCAUAAAAAGAGAGAGAGGGAGAUUUCACCAGCGGUUGGAGGGGAACAGGGGAGGAGGGGGAAGUACACCGCUAAACCACAGUGACUGGCGCCUCAGAGUUAAAUUUGUUAUCGUGGUGUUUGAUUUGAGCUGAUUGUAUCAAAAAUUAAUUUUGUGCUAAUGUUUGAAGAGUGCUGUGUAUUUGAUUGUGUUACUUAAGUCUAGGACAACCCCUUCAGGUGGUUGAGAUGGGCCAGUCCAGUCUUUUGUUCCCUCCCUCUCUCUCACUCUUUCCCACUCCCUCUCUCAAUACCUCUCUCCCGCUCCUGCUCUCUCUCUCUCUCUCUCUCUCUCUCUCUCUCUCUCUCUCCCACUUCCUCUCUCCCAGUCCAUCUUUCUCAAUCUCUUGCUCCCUCUCAUUUCUUCUCUUGUUUUCCCUCUCUGUUUUUCUUCCUCUCCUUCUCAGGCCCUACUCCAGUCACACAACAUUUUGAGCUGAUAGUCUAUUUAUAGAGCCUGUGGUUUUGUCUCCAUGGCAACCAUGCUGGAGGCCAGGGCACUAGGGAGCUAUUUUUGAAUCUGCUCUGUAAUGUCAGACUACUCUUUCUCUUUCCCCCUCUCUCACUCUCUUUCACACACAUAUGCACAUACUUUCUGUCUUUCUCGCCCUUUCCUUCCUACCAAUCCCCCUCCCUCCUUCUUCCAUCUCUCUCUACGCCUUUCCUACCUCAAGCUCUAUCACCCUCCCACUCUCUCUCUCCCCUUCCCACUCACUCUAAUUCACUCAUUCAAUCUCCCAGUGCCAGAGUCUAAUUUAGAGAUGUCUGUUUGGGUUCAGGCUGAUGGGCUAGGUCAGGUUUGUGAGUGUGAACCCUUGUGGAAUUAGAGCUUACAGUUAUAACUUUUACAACAUUCUUCAGUAACAUGUAGGAAAGGAAAGAGUAAGAGUUAAUCUCCCCACCUGUGUUCUUCUGGAGUCUGCAUAGUUAUCUAUGGACAUUUUUGUUGCCAUAACAAAGAAUGGUAAAUGCGCAUACACACACACACACACACAAUCUCUCUGUGUGUUUCUCCUAGUCCCUUUGUCUCUCCCAGUGAGUGCCGACUCAUUCCUGCCAUGUCUUACCUGUACUUAGACCUGUCACAUUUCACCCCUCCGUGUCACAUUCCUGGUUAUCCAGAGGCUCUGCAUUCCUCUGUGUUCAGUAUGCUUGGGAGACCGGCAUUCAGCUGUCACGCACUGUUGGUACAGUUUGUGGCGUUCAGUUGUAUUAGAUACUGUAGGUACUGUUUAAACCCAAGUCAAACAGUUGUAAACUACACUGAGUAAGACAUUAGGAACUCCUGCUCUUCCCAUGACAGACUAUCCAGGUGAAAGCUAUGAUCUCUUAUUGAUGUCACUUGUUCAAUCCACUUCAAUCAGUGUAGAUGAAGGGGAGGAGACAGGUUAAAGAAGGAUUUUUAAGCCUUGAGACAAUUGAGACAUGGAUUGUGUGUGUGCCAUUCAGAGGGUGAAUGGGCAAGACAAAAUAUUUAAGUGCCUUUGAAAGGGGUAUGGUAGUAGGUGCCAGGCGCACCGGUUUGUGUCAAGAACUGCAACGCUGCUGAGUUUUCCCACCCUCAACAGUUUCCUGUGUGUAUCAAGAAUGGUCCACAACGCAAAGGAUAUCCAGCCAAAUGCUUCCCACAACUGUGGGAAGUAUUGGAGUCAGCAUGGGUGCAACUCAAUAUUAUGAAAGGUGUUCCUAAUGUUUGGUAUACUCAGUGUAUGUCAUGGAAUUAGACAUUAGUCUCAAAGUCAGUAUGACUCCAGAACCGUUGCCAUUCCUCUCAGCUGUAAGUGCCUGUACCAAUGACGUCUAUGUUGGUCUUUCUCUCAACCCUAUGGUUCCUGGACCGACACUGGUCCCUGGGAUGUUACUAACUGGCUGCUCAGUUAGUUAGCUGACACUGAUUUAGUCAGUUCUCAAGUCUUAGAUAGAAACUAAGUGGUCCUCCAAAGAGGAAGGUGCGAUGGCUUACCGCAGGUCAGUCCCUCUCUCCCUGCUACAAAAAAGUUGGCGAAACACAGGUGUAUAUAAUUUUAUUGAGCUCAGUGGUCUUUUCCUGUCCACACACAGACAAGCUCCCCAUCAUGCUCAUUCACUGCCCCUGCUGACUGAAUUCAGCCAUUUUGUCCUGUCCUGGUCAUCCUUCUAAAUAUGUUUUUUUUUUUUCUCCUCAGCUUUCUAGACAAGAUUGACAUUGUGAAACAGAGUGACUACACUCCUACUGAUCAGGUGAGUUUCCGUGGUCUCAACGCCACCAUCAUCAGAGGCCCAGGGAUACGUCUCAAAUGGCACCCUAUUCCCUCUACAAUGCACUACUUUUGGCCGAAGACCUCCAUUUGAGACACACCCCUACUGUCCUCCAUCAUCAACUUCCUUUCAUAAUAUUGAUGAAAUAUAACACAGAUGAAUGACUCCCGUCUUUCUCUCUCGUCUCUCAGGACCUACUGAGAUGCCGAGUGCUCACCUCUGGGAUCUUCGAGACCAGAUUUCAGGUGGACAAAGUCAAUUUCCAGUGAGUAUAACCCAGGGUUAUCGUCCCAUUUGGUUAUUAGUACAAUACCUGAAGAGCAACCUCCAACUCAGCCCUUCAGACGUGUAUGAGUCCAUACAGUGCAGCUUACAUGUGAUUCAUUACUUUGCCACAAGGUCGUAGUGUGUGGUAUAUUUGUCUCACUGACAUCUCUUCCACAGCAUGUUUGACGUUGGUGGUCAAAGGGAUGAACGUCGGAAAUGGAUCCAGUGCUUUAACGGUAACAUUUGUUUUUCCAUUUGAUCUGGCCAACCCAAUAGAGAAUCACUCACAAACACAAUUCAGAUCUCAUUUAUAGAUACCUUUUUGGGGUUCUGGAUGGGUCCUCCAUAGUCUAUAGCCUCAUUCCACUAAAGGUUUCCUGUAUUUUAUCACCUUUGCUUUUUCUGCCAUUACUGUGUGUUUCGGCCUUAGCCCUAAAGAUAAGUGCCAUUUGACUGUGUCAUUGAUUGCGCUUUACAAAACCAGUUCGUCUGAGUCCCUCCUCCCUCUGUCUUCCCCACAGAUGUAACUGCCAUUAUUUUCGUGGUGGCCAGUAGCAGCUACAACAUGGUGAUCCGGGAGGAUAAUCAGACCAACCGUUUGCAGGAGGCUCUGAAUCUAUUCAAGAACAUCUGGAACAACAGGUGACACAAACACAACCCAUGACACCCCCUCCCCAUGACACACCCUCCCCAUGACACACCCUCCCCAUGACACACCCUCCCCAUGACACACCCUCCCCACAAACAUUUAUGGAAUCAAUGAAGUUUUAUUCUAUUCCUUUGUUUUAUUGAAAUGCUCUCAUCAUAAUAAUUUACAAUUUGCUAGCCCUAAAUUACCACUGACUGCUUUUUAACAGUGUAUUUACCCAGCAUCUCUGUGUGUGUUUCGCUUUAGGUGGCUGCGGACCAUUUCUGUCAUCCUAUUCCUCAACAAACAGGACCUGCUAGCAGAGAAGGUGUUGGCUGGGAAAUCAAAAAUUGAAGAGUACUUCCCAGAGUUUGCACGCUACACCACACCGGAUGAUGGUGAGAAGUUGUUACACUUGACUGGAUUUUUACUGUACACACACACGGCGCGCACACACACACAUGGCGGGACACACACACACAGUGCUUCUGCUUUUAGCCACGGUAGAUGGCUCUUGAAUGUUCUAUCCUGUGGCUAAUAAGUAAUCAUCAUAGCGAUCAGUGACACUGACAAUGUGUGAUGGUGUACUAGAAUCCAAUCAUAACACUCAUCAUCAGUCUCUCACUAUUCUAUAGCAACACCAGAACCAGGGGAGGAUCCACGCGUCACAAGGGCAAAGUACUUCAUACGAGAUGAGUUCCUAGUAAGUGCAGAAAAAUACAAUGUCUCCCGUUAUGUAGAAUCUUAUGGUGUUGAUUACAAAAUAGGAUCCAAUCAAAACCAAAUAUGCCAAAUGAGAUGACUUGCUCAUAUUGGAUAAGUUAGCAUUGUCUUAAUGUUAGAUUUGUUAUUGAGUCAAGUGGAGGAUGUCCUGAUGGUGGUAGUACUCCUUUGUCUCAUUGUGUUUCACUGUGUGAUUUCAGAGGAUCAGCACAGCCAGCGGAGACGGCAGGCACUAUUGUUACCCCCAUUUUACCUGUGCCGUCGACACGGAAAACAUCCGCCGGGUCUUCAACGACUGUCGGGACAUCAUUCAGCGGAUGCACCUUCGGCAGUACGAGCUC